UACAACGACCAGAAGCUCUUGCGGUUUACGUCGACGUCGCCGACCGGAAGUGAACGAAACCGUCGCGUGCAGAGGGUCACAUUGGACACACAUCAAUGUUUCAUAAUAAUAAAACAAUCUAAUCACUAAUAACAGUAUCUGAGGUGUAAAUGGAUCCGUCUAAAGCAGAGGAGCCGCAGCUGAGACACGUGGAGAAAGAUGUGUUGAUUCCUAAGUUGAUGCGGGAGAAAGCCAAAGAGAGAUGCUCUCAACAUGUGGACGCGUUCAAUCGCUGCUGUAAGGACAGUGGUUUCUUCAUGGUGUUCAAGUGUCAGGAGGAGAACGCUGCUCUGAAAGAGUGUCUGACGCAACAUUAUCAGGAUCCGGCGUUCUUCGAAGAGUGCAAGCAGGAGUAUCUCCGAGAGAAACAGGAAUACCAACAGACCGGGAUUCCAGCCAAGAACAGGAAGCAGAAGCUUCCCACCAGCAUGUAGACGGACGGGAUGAAGAACACUGCAGCGAGGAAGAGGAUGAUGGACUCAUUUCUGGCCGUUUGUGGAGACGCGGUUGUCUCUGAUGGACGUUCUCUCUGUGUCUGUUGGUUUAUAUUCAUGAUUAGCUCUUAUAAAUCAUCUCUUGCACCUAAAGCCUAAUAAAAAUUCAUAGAGGA